AUGAGCAAAUCAUCCUCCUCCUCUAUUACGGAGAUGAGUGUCACCAGCAAGUCGCAUAGUGACACUGUCAUUUCGCGAUUGAAGAAGCAUAUGGACAAUAUCCAGAAAAAAUGGGGUCCCCUUAUGGCUGCGAAGGAAGACCUCGACGACGAGUACAAUUUCCCGCAGGGCCCAUACGCCGGCCAAGAAACUACCAACCGCCACGAACCAUCACGAUAG